AUGCCGCUAUGUCUCAUCUCUGGACAGAGGAAGGAUCUCAUCGGCCUCUACAGCCGCAAAAAGAGGCUGCUCAGGCUAGCAUCGCCGCUUAGCGAGUUCGACUCCAACGGCAGGCUGAAGACCCGGUCCUCGAUUGCUAAUGAGGUGGGAGAAGACACCCGCUGUCCACUGGCCCGCUUUGCUCGUUCAUGGUCCCAGAAUGCACUAUGCACAACUAUCAGAGCUGGCAAUGACAUCACUGACCACAAAGGAAUUCUGAUCAGCCCACGCAGUGCUGAGGAGAUCCUGGCUGAUGAGCUGCCAUUCCCUGAUGCACCUGACGCUAUGGAGAAGACUGCUCUCAGGUUGAGAUGUCUUGUUAAGCAACUGGAGAGGGGGGAGGCAUCUGUGGUGGACCUGAAGAAAAAUCUGGAGUAUGCUGCCUCUGUCCUCGAACAUGUAUACAAUGAGGAAACCAGGCAAGGAGCUUUUAGCUCAGUUUUGUUUUAUAUUAAACCAUACACAAACCAGUAUUCUAAAAAAGGGUGCUUGGUCAUAUUAUAA